UGAAUUGACUAGGAAUACGAUAGACAUAGAUACUUAGGUAGAGAUAGAUUAUAGAUACAGAGAGAUAUAGAGAGAGAAAGGGAGGAGAGAGAGAAUCCGAAACCCACCUUUGUUCCCCUUCCCCCGACUCCCUACUCAAAUAUCUUUGAACACAAUCGCUUUUGAAAAAAAAAACCCUUGGAUUAAACUGAUUGAAUUAACAGGAAAAGCAUGUUGAGAUUGUGGAAAUGGUACCAGAAUUGUUUAGCGACGCAUCCAGUUAAAACCCAGGUGAUUAGCUCCGGCUUCAUUUGGGGGUUGGGCGAUAUUGCAGCUCAAGCCGUCACUCACUCCACCGCCAAGCCGCAAAAGCAUGAUGAACAUAAAGAAUUAAAGAUCAAUUGGAGACGAGUAGCCACCACAACCAUAUUUGGUCUUGGAUUUGUUGGUCCCGUUGGCCACUACUGGUAUGAAGCGCUGGACCGUGUCAUUAGGGUGCGGCUAAAGCUACAGCCAAAUUCCUUCCGUUUUGUCGCUUCAAAAGUAGCAGCUGAUGGUAUAAUCUUUGGGCCCGUGGAUUUACUCGUGUUCUUCACUUACAUGGGCUUUUCCUCGGGUAAAAGUUCUGCUCAGGUUAAGGACGAUGUCAAGAGAGACUUUCUCCCGGCCCUAAUUUUGGAGGGUGCCAUAUGGCCAGCUGUUCAGGUUGCCAACUUCCGAUUUGUCCCUGUUCGCAAUCAACUUCUUUACGUCAACUUCUUCUGUUUGCUGGAUAGCUGCUUUCUUUCGUGGGUUGAACAACAACAAGACGCGCCUUGGAAGCAAUGGUUGAAAUCUAGUCUCUCUUUCAAGGAAGGUCAAGGCGGGUGAUUUCUUUUUCCUUCUCAGGGCUUCUACUCGAGUUUCUGGUAAGCACCAUUUUUGUCAAUGGAAAAUCGAGCAUUCAUCUAGUUAUAAGAAACACCUUUUAGUGGCGGCUCGUAUAUUUGGAGUGGGCAUUCAUGAAAAGAUUGUUACCCCCUAGCCUUUGGAGCUUUUCCAUCCAAGAUGAAGAAGGCGAUGUUGAGUUCUUUGUCCAUUCUUGUUUUUCCUUUUCUUUUAUUUUUUUCUGAUAAUAAAUUUGUUGAACAUGGUAACCAAUAUUUGGUAUUGAGACGAAUUCAUGGAUUUUUCUUUCAA